AUGCCGGUCCCGUUCCUCGGCCGCCUCAACAUUACCGAGUAUGUUGCGUUGGUCGGCUCAUUCCUCCUCGUUGGCCUCGAAGCAAUCAUUCGAGUUCUGACCCUCGCAUUGCCAAUAUCCACAUCCAUUCGCAAUGCGGCCGAUUUCGUCGAGCUAUGUGCCUUGUUUGGCUAUACGGCAGAGGAGCACGUCCUUCAGACAAAAGACGGGUAUCUCCUAGGGCUGCAUCGAUUGGCCUGGCGACCGGGGGAGGAAGAUACAAAGGUCAACUCCGGACCGAAUAGCACCAAGAAGCGGGUCAUAUACAUGCAUCACGGACUGCUUAUGAACAGUGAGGUCUGGGUAUGCUUGACGGAUGCCCAGAGGUGUUUGCCAUUUGUGCUGGUGGAGAGAGGUUUCGAUGUUUGGCUGGGGAACAAUCGCGGCAACAAGUAUUCCAAGAAGUCUGUCAACUGCCCACCCACGUCCUUGGAGUUCUGGGACUUCUCAAUAGAUGAGUUUGCAUUUCACGAUAUUCCAGACAGCAUAGACUACAUUCUAGACACGACUGGCCAAGCUUCUCUGUCGUAUAUCGGGUUCUCACAAGGGACGGCCCAGGCUUUUGCUGCGCUAUCAAUUCAUCCGAAACUGAAUCAGCAAGUCAAUGUAUUCAUAGCCUUGGCACCGGCAAUGUCACCAGCUGGCCUCUCCAACGGGAUAGUAGAUGCGCUCGUCAAAGCGUCACCCCAAGUACUAUUCCUUCUCUUUGGACGGCGUUCAAUCCUCAGCUCGGCCACAAUGUGGGAGUCUAUUCUCUACCCUCCUAUCUUCACAAAAGCUAUCGACGUCGGCCUUGGCUUUCUCUUCAACUGGAAAGCGAAGAACAUUUCUGUUUCACAGAAGCUGGCCGCCUAUCCGCACUUGUACUCCUUCACCAGCACCAAGUCCGUCGUCCACUGGUUUCAGAUCAUCCGCACAAAGUCAUUCCAGAUGUAUGACGACGAAGCACCCCUCCGGUCUUCAUCCAAAUACACCAAGGUCGCCAGGUAUCCGACCCGCAACAUCAGGACGCCUAUCGUGCUCGUGUACGGCGGCAGCGACUCGCUCGUCGACAUCAGGGUGAUGCUGCGCGAGCUGCCGCGCCAGACCGUAGCCACAGAGAUCCCCCACUACGAGCACCUUGACUUCCUCUGGGCGAGAGAUGUCGACGUGCAGGUGUUCCAGCACGUGUUUGAUGCGCUUGAGAGCUUCACGGGCGCGGAGCAUUCGAAGGAGGAGUAUGCUCGGUAUAGAAGCGCUCGGCACCAGAGUCUCAGCGCGAGUGCUUCCUUCAGGAGACACGUGGGCAACAAUAGCGAUGUGGCUGAGAAUGAACUUACUACGAUCAGGAGCAAUGGAGAUGAGGAGCACCCACAGCAUCACGCCCGCGAAGGCGUCAGGAAAGGUCUGGUCAGCGAUGACGAGUCGUCGUAUGCGACUGACCAGAGUGCCCUCGACGGGUCGGGAUCACGACCCACGACUAGCUAUGGCGUUAAUAGUGGCAGCGAUAGGCAGUCGCCUAUAUCGCCGGUGUCAUCACUGAAUCCAUCGUUGAAGUUCAGGAGUGCAACCGGGACAAGCUUGAACAAGGACUCCAUGCGUCAAGGCAAGGGCAUCAGCCUGGGCACCAGUCGUGCCGUGGGAGGCGUUACGACUGGUGUGACAUCUACAGCAGCCGUUGGCGCUCCUAGUCCGGUCAGCUCAGAUGAGGGGAAGAUUUCGAGGAAGAAAGUAAGGUGA